AUGGAUGGGAGCCAGGGCAAUGAUGGCGUUGAUAAGGAAGAGUUGGACGAAAAAUAUCCGCAUAGGCCUCACAAUCAUUCAAACACAUUACCGUUUCAUGACCUCUUCCUGACCUUGUUCAAUCCUCUCAAUGACAAUAAAAAGAAACCUACUGGUCCGAUCAUGGCCAGAAGGAAACAAGGCCCUCAUGGAUCAGCCAACCGAUCCCCUCAUGAGAUCCGCCGCAACAUAAUUGAGAGGUUCAUCUCACGUUGGCGAAAAGAAGUUGGCAAUGAUAUAUAUCCUGCGUUUCGACUGAUUGUUCCGGAAAAGGACAGAGAUCGCCCCAUGUAUGGUCUCAAGGAGAAAGCGAUUGGCAAGUUACUUGUAAAAACGAUGAAGAUUGACAAGAAUUCUGAAGAUGGAUUUAACCUUCUUAACUGGAAACUUCCUAGCCAGAGCACCGCAAGCCGAAUGGCCGGUGAUUUUGCAGGCAGAUGCUUUGAAAUAAUCUCCAAGCGGCCCAUGCGAACCAGUGUAGGAGAACUGACUGUUGGAGAGGUCAACGAAAUGCUGGAUAAGCUCGCUGCAGCACAACGGGAGGAGCAUCAGCUCCCAAUCUUUGAGACCUUUUACGAGCAAAUGAAUCCCGAAGAGCUGCUGUGGCUCAUCCGAAUAAUUCUUCGGCAAAUGAAAGUCGGGGCUACGGAAAAGACCUUCUUUGAUGUUUGGCAUCCAGACGCUGAGGCGCUAUUUAACGUUUCCUCCAGUCUCCGCCGCGUGUGCUGGGAGCUUUAUGAUCCGUCUGUACGACUCGAAAGCGACGAUACUGGCAUCACCUUGAUGCAGUGUUUCCAGCCACAGUUAGCUCAAUUUCAGAUGCAUUCUUUCGAGCGGAUGGUGGAGAAGAUGCGGCCCGCUGAAGAAGACGACACAUUUUGGGUUGAAGAAAAGAUGGAUGGCGAGCGGAUGCAGUUGCAUAUGAUGGAAGACAGCAGCAUCCUGGGUGGCAAGCGCUUUGGAUUUUGGUCCCGCAAAGCCAAAGAUUAUACCUAUCUAUACGGCAACGGCUUUCAGGAUGAAAAUGGCGCCUUAACCAGGCACAUAAAGGAUGCAUUCAACCCUGCGGUUCAUAAUAUUAUUCUUGACGGGGAAAUGAUUACCUGGGAUCCUGAACAAGAUGCAAUGGUACCUUUUGGCACGCUGAAAACUGCUGCCAUAUCUGAACAGCGGAACCCGUUUUCUACUGGACAGCGACCCCUCUUCCGGGUAUUCGAUUGCCUAUACCUGAAUGGGGAACCAAUUACAAGCUACACUCUGCGAGAUCGACGAAGAGCGUUGGAAGCCAGUGUUCAUUCUGUACCGAGGCGACUAGAAAUCCUUGAAUUUACUGAAGCUCAUGAUUUCGCCGAGAUUGAGCCAUUGCUGCGCAAGGUCGUUGCUGAAGCCUCAGAAGGACUGAUUUUGAAGAAUCCGCGUUCAAUGUACCGGCUAAAUGAACGGAAUGACGACUGGCUGAAGGUCAAACCAGAAUAUAUGACAGAGUUCGGCGAAUCAUUAGAUUGUAUCGUUAUUGGCGGUUACUAUGGUUCGGGGAAAAGGGGCGGCAGGUUGUCCAGCUUUCUUUGCGGUCUGAAAGUUGAUCAACGACAAAUUGACAAGGGAGCUAACCCAAUGAAAUGUUAUUCCUUCUUCAAAGUAGGCGGUGGCUUCACUGCAAUGGACUACGCCAAUGUUAGACACCAUACGGAUGGGAAGUGGAAAGACUGGGAUUCUAAACGCCCGCCUACUGAAUUCAUUGAACUUGCCGGCGGACACCUCCAGCAUGAACGCCCUGACGUCUGGAUUCGGCCGGAUGACUCGGUAGUGGUGUCAGUAAAGGCAGCAUCUGUAACACCAACGGAUUCUUUUCGCAUGGGAUUGACGCUUCGAUUUCCAAGAUUCAAGAAGCUGCGAACAGACCGAGACUGGACAACUGCAUUGUCAAUUCAAGGUUUCCUUGAUCUCAAAGCCAACGUUGAGAAGGAGCAAAAAGAAAAGGAGUUCACGGUCGACGAUGGCCGAAAGAGAGCGAGAACCACAAGAAAGAAGGAGUUGAGAGUAGCUGGAGGCGACCAGAUAUUCACAACUCCCUAUGCCGGGCCAGAGACCCGAUUAUUUGAAGGUCUGAAAUUUUUCAUUAUCACGGACGCGGCAAAACCGGAGAAGAAGAGCAAAGCUGAGCUGGAGCAGCUUGUAAAAACCAAUGGUGGGCAGAUUUUCCAAACACAUACCGCCUUCAAAGAUACAAUUUGUAUUGCGGAAAGAAGAACUGUAAAAGUGGCUUCCCUUCAGAAAGCUGGAGAUCAAGAUAUUAUCCGCCCUUCAUGGAUUUUCGAUUGUAUCAAGCAAAACCAAGCGGACGGAGAAAGGCCGAGAUUUGUGCUACCAGUUGAACCAAGCCACAUUUUCUCUGCGACAGAAGCUUUUCAAGAACAUGCGGCGUCAAAUGUCGAUGAAUACGGCGAUAGCUAUGCUCGCGAUGUGUCUGUCGAGGAACUAAGAGAAAUAUUUGGAAAAAUGCCCGCAAUAUCACCCUCGCCUUCGGAUGUAUCCAAACUAAAAGAGCAACUACGACAACAGAGCACUGAACUUCGCGAAAGCCGUGGCUGGAUGUUUACCGAUCUAGUCAUCUAUUUGGACAAGUCCGGUCUCUCCCAGACAGAUCAUAGCUAUUCACAAGAAAAAGAGCUUUCGCUUGCAUCUGAUCGAAAGCUUCAGUUGGCAUCUAAUUACAUUAGAUUUGGCGAUGGCAAGAUUACCGAUGACCUACAAGAUAUUCCUCUGACACAUGUCAUUGUUGGUGAUGACAGGAGCAGGCUCAAGCAGAUAAGACAGGAAAUUAAAGAUAAGAGCGCCCUUCCACGGAUUGUCACAGUCGAUUGGGUCGAGACAAGCUGGCAGGAAGAGACAUUACUUGACGAAGAACGAUUUGCUCCGGUCUGAGUCGGGUGAGAUUGGAAAUAUACUCAAUUUCACGAUCCCUUGGACGUAACCGCUCUCCUUGGGCUUGUCAUCGGGGACUGAAGCGUUCGAUCUUGUCUUCUAGGGCAAAUUUGAAUUACGACUCGGCAGCCCCACAUGUAAUUCAGCUCGAGUGGCUAUCUUCGUGAGGCAGUCUUGCCCGCGCGAUGUCGUCUCUGCUUCGACAACGCCGCGAACCAUCCUUCAACGCUACUGCCAAAACCGGCUCGUCUCAGGCCUGGGAGAACAAACUCCAUCGGAAAUAUGCAAGUAUUACAAUGAGUCCAUGCGGCAAUCACUCGACAA